AGCAAUGAAUGCCAGUUCAGAUCCAUCCACAUAUCACAGCAGUACAGCACGUACAAAUUUGUCUUUUUCCAACAACAAUUAGCUUCAGUUUUCAUUUCACAUUAGCUUCACCUAAACCCUUAAACAAUUCUUUAAUCAUCUAGUUAUAACAAUGAAAAUGUCACAUAUAUAAGCACCCCCAGAUCUGCUUUUGCAGAAAACUAGAGAAGAAGAUGUUUCUGUGGGAUUGGUUGUAUGGAGUUUUAUCAUCUCUAGGUUUGUGGCAAAAAGAAGCUAAGAUCUUAUUCUUAGGCCUUGACAAUGCUGGCAAAACCACUCUGCUUCACAUGCUCAAAGAUGAGAGGUUGGUUCAGCAUCAGCCGACUCAGUAUCCUACAUCUGAAGAGUUGAGUAUUGGGAAGAUAAAGUUCAAAGCUUUUGACUUGGGAGGUCAUCAGAUCGCUCGUCGGGUCUGGAAAGAUUACUAUGCCAAGGUUGAUGCAGUUGUAUACCUAGUUGAUGCAUUCGACAAAGAGCGAUUUGCAGAGUCGAAGAAGGAAUUAGAUGCGCUUCUUUCUGAUGAGGCCCUUUCUACUGUCCCCUUCCUCAUUUUGGGUAACAAGAUAGACAUACCAUAUGCUGCCUCAGAAGAUGAAUUGCGUUAUCAUCUUGGCUUGACCGGUGUCACUACUGGCAAGGGUAAGGCGAAUCUUGCUGAUUCAAAUGUUCGGCCUUUAGAGGUAUUUAUGUGUAGCAUUGUACGGAAAAUGGGUUAUGGCGAUGGCUUUAAGUGGGUAUCUCAAUAUAUAAAGUAGGUUUUCAUUAGCCUGAGAAGUUCAAAGAUAUAGCAUCGUCGAUAUGCUGUGGAUCAGCUAAUGUUUCCUUUUCUGGAAAAGAUGAAAAGAUUGGUUUCACCAGAUAUUUGUUCAUUUUGUUUUGGUACCAAUUUUGUACACUUUGGUGUCUCUGUAGUUUGAUGACAAGGUAUUCUUAUUUCUCUGUAAUAUUUACGUGUAGCUUGAAAUUGCCAUCUACAUAUUCUUGACUUAAAUUCAUACCUGUAUUUGUUAUCUCCCAUUCAGUUAUAUUAUGAAUUUAUAUUAAAGUCUGUACCUA